AUGUCCCGUUCACCGUCCCCCGUCCCUGCCCCCGCGUCCCCCGCACCUCGCUCGCCGUCUCAGCACGAAGACUCGGAACCUACUCUCCAGGUCACCUUCCAGGACUCGCCUGAAACGCAUACACCCGACACCGAGGACGCGGCCCCCUCCAGUUCCCCCGCGCCCACCUCCACCACCACUCCUGCUGAUGUUCCCGAAUCUGCGUCCUCCUCAAGCUCUACCACCCCGUCGCCCCAGAACUGGCAGGCGGUCUGGUCGCCAGCCCACAACAUGUACUACUUCUACAACUCGGUAACGCACGAGACCACCUGGACGAACCCGCUCCAGCCCUCCGCGGAAGCGGGGCCCUCUACCGUCACCGUCGCGCAAGACACCGCCGAGACCGCUGGUGCGUCGUCGUCGGCCGUGGCCGCAGGUGGCUUCGACAUCUACGCCGCCGCGGCCGCACAGGGCAUCGAUCCCGCACUCGCCCACCUCGACCCGUCCCUCGCCUCGGCGGGCAGCGCGCCUGGGGCGGGCACGUACACGGCCAAGUUUAACUCCCGCACGGGGGCGUUCACGCGCCCAGACGGCCGGGACCCGACGCACCUGUCCGAGUAUGAGCGCGCGAAGCGGAUGAGCGAGUUCUACUUCGACGUGAAUGCGUGGGAGCAGGAGGUUGAGCAACGCAAGCUCGAGGAGGCACAGGAGGAGGAAAGCAAAAAGCGGAAGCGGCCAUCCAAGAAGGACCUGGAUCGGUUCAAGGAACAGAAAAAGCAGAAAAAGCUGGCGAAGACGGCGUGGCUGCGUACAUAG